AUGAUAAAAUCCUCUAAGAAGAAGACCAAAUUGAGGAAGCCCAAAGAGAAAAAGACUGCAACCCAAAGGGUUAUCGACAAUUUGGAUGAAUACUACCAGACUUCGAGACGCCCCAUUAUGUUUGCUGAUUUUACGAUGGAGCUCAAAGUUGAGGGAAAAGAGGCCGACGAGGAUCCAUUCCUCGUGGAAACUUGUCGGGUAAACUUGAACAGUAACUCUAAAUCAACGGAGGAAUCUCCAGAUGCAAUGAUGGUUGACGCUGAAGAAAAUGCACCAUCAAAUGAGUAUGAGGAGGCUCUCUGGGACCCCGAAAGAUACGAAGCAUAUUUUGCUGAACGUAGCUUGACUGAGGUCUUGCAAGCUCGAAAUGAACCGAUCAUUAUUUUUGCCGAGAACAACAUGAUGCUUGGAGUGGCAGACCAUAAUUGCCCUCUGUAUGUUACUGCAGAGAAUGACGGGAUGAUAAUCAGCCGAAUUUUUAUUGAACUCAGGUCUUCUAUCAAUCUUAUAAGCUUGAAAGCACUGAGAUCACUUUGUCUCAAUAUGAAGCACCUCGGGGAAAUUGAAUCUGAUGACGGUGGCGCUGAAGAGAUUUAUGGAGCUGACGUUUAUGAUGAUCAACCCGUAGAGGCUAUGCCUGCACCUGAAGAGCUCGAAGAUGGUGGACAGGCGGCCACUAUGGAUGAGCUAAAAAUUUCUGGCUUAUCCUCUAAUGUGGUGAUUCAUAGAUUAGCCAUCAAGCCUAAUGCAGCACCUGUCAAGCAAGCUCGAAGAAGAAUGAGAUUAGAAAUUGAAGAAGAGGUGAUUGCCGAAACUAAGAAGCUCAUAGAAGCGGGCUUUAUCCGAGAGGAAAAGUAUGCCGAUUGGAUCACCAACAUCGUCCCUGUAAAGAAGAAGAAUGCACCAAUUUUGGGGAAGCUUCUUAUACUGUACACAGGUGUACUUGAAGAGUCUCUUGGAGUUACCUACACUAUAGUAUGUAUCAGAGCAAGGAUGGCUGAGGGCAGCAAACGGUUGGCCACCGGUGAAGAUCGCAGCCUUGAUGCCUUGUGGGCGAAACAUGCCGAUUUGGCACAGCAAACCGAAGCUCUAGCAGCAGAUUUCAAUCGAUUCUUUGGCGAAAUGCGCCGAGAACUCCGAUUGAUCAAUGCACGUAUGGACAGGAACCAAACCGCUCGGGUUAUUCCGCCGGCAACCAUACCGGCGGCGAGGCGUGGGUUCGUCGCAGAUAGGGAGCGAAUGCAAAAUAAUCCAGUUUUGAAUGAUUCCGAUUCUGAGGAGGAAUUGGAAUCACCAAAUGCUCGGGAUCUAUCUGAUUUGGAAGGAGAACAAGGAAUGGUGCAUAGGCGUCGUCCGCUUGCCAGAGACAAUUACCGCAGUGAGUUUCGAGUCAAACUUGAUAUACCAUUUUUUGAUGGUAAAUUGCAUAUUGAAGAUUACUUAGAUUGGGAACGGGCAGUAGAAACAUUCUUCGAGUACAUGGAGAUUGAACCGGAAAAACAAGUGAAAUAUGUAGCUUGUAGACUAAAAGGGGGCGCCAGUGCUUGGUGGCAACAAGUGAUUCAAUCACGACGGCGAGAGGGUAGAGGUGCUGUCCGCAGUUGGUUCCGGAUGAAGCAACUGUUGCGAGGCCAUUUCCUACCAAUUGAUUUCGAACAAAUGUUGUAUGUGCAAUAUCAACAUUGCUCCCAAGGUUCGAGGACGGUAAAUGAUUAUACCGAAGAAUUUUAUAGGCUCAGUGCAAGAAACAAUCUGAAUGAAUCGGCCAACCAAAUCGUUGCAAGGUAUAUCGGUGGGUUGAAAGAUGCUAUCCAAGAUAAAUUGGAAUUAAAUGCCAUUUGGUCACUUUCCCAGGCGGUGAAUUAUGCACUGAAAGCGGAGAUGCAAAUGAGCCGAAACAGUCAUAGUAGGUCCAACCGGCGAACUACAGAACAUUCUGUUGAGUUUAGUAAGCAGCAUUUCCCAAAUGCGGCUAGUGCUACCAAGCCUUCUCCCUCGGUUUCAGCAAGUAAUCAACCUCAUGGCACCAACCCAAGAGUUGCAGAACAAAGAACUUAUCAGAAAAAUAAGGCACCAUUGAAAGACAACCCAUAUGUCAAGCCCUCUAACAUCAAGUGUUUUAGAUGUUUUCAACAGGGGCAUAAAUCAAACGAAUGUCCAACCCGCCCUCAAUUGCAACUGUUAGAAGCUGAAGAUGAAGAUGGAGCAGAUAAUGCUUUGGGCAGUAAUGACGAGGAGCCGGAAGACGUUGCGGGGGAUGAAGGAAAACCUGUAGUUUGUGUGUUGCAGAGACUGUUACUUGCACCGCGACAACCAACCGAUUCUCAGCGGAAUGCUUUGUUCAAAACAAAUUGCACUAUCAAGGGAAAGGUCUGCGAUCUCCUCGUGGACAGUGGGUGUACCGAGAAUGUUAUUUCUCGAGCUGUUGUACAAGCUUUACAACUCAAGACUUCAAAGAACCCAAAUCCGUAUAAAAUUAGUUGGGUUAAAAAGGGAGUUGAAAUAUCUGUGACAGAAAUGUGCAAGGUGGCAUUUUCGAUUGGCCGUCAUUAUGCUAGUGAAUUUGAUGUGGGAGCCACCUACGACGGCCGUGCCAAUACAUAUUCCUUCGAUUGGAAGGGAAAGAAGUUGAGAUUAUUGCCGCGACAUGCUGGCCGAGAGCCCGUCCAGAACACCACCAAAACCGCAUUGUUUGUUGUUUCUGGUACAGCUUUGUUGAAUGUUUGGCGUGAGUCUACUCAUAUAUUGGCGUUAGUGGUCAAGGAGCAGAACAUUGCCAUCCAAGAGGGGCCUUUAUGUGAUGAGGUCAACACUCUGUUGCAACAGUUUAAAGAUAUAUAUCCGUCCGAAUUGCCAGCCGAACUACCACCUAUGAGAGCAAUCCAGCAUCAAAUAGAGUUCACACCAGGGGCAUCAUUGCCAAACUUAUCCCAUUAUAAAAUGUGCCCAAAGGAACAUAAAAUUUUGCAACAGAUCGUGGAUGAUUUACUAGACAAACAACUCAUCCAACCGAGCCUAAGUCCUUGCGCCGUACCGGCACUACUUGUACCAAAAAAAGAUGGCAGUUGGAGGAUGUGUAUGGACAGCCGAUCCAUAAACAAGAUCACAGUAAAAUUUCGUUUUCCCAUGCCAAGAUUGGAAGAUAUGCUGGACAGAGUAUCAGGAGCCACUAUUUUCUCCAAGCUUGAUCUUCGAAGUGGUUACCAUCAAAUAAGGAUUCGUCCCGGGGACGAAUGGAAAACGGCAUUCAAAACUCGCCAAGGCUUAUAUGAAUGGAAAGUGAUGCCUUUUGGGCUGUGCAACGCCCCGACGACAUUUAUGCGACUGAUGAACGAAGUGUUGAAACCACUACUCAACAAGUGUUGUGUAGUGUAUUUUGAUGAUAUUCUAGUUUUCAGUGCCAACCACAAAGACCAUCUACAACACUUAAGGGAUAUUUUUAGUAUCCUUAAACAUAACAAACUGUUCCUAAACUUUCCAAAGUGUGAAUUUGCUACAGAGCAAGUAUCCUUUUUGGGCUUCUUGAUUUCGGCUGCUGGAAUUAGUGUAGACCCACGCAAAGUGACAUCUAUAAUGGAGUGGCCACAACCCCGCUCUUUCUUUGACAUUCGUAGCUUUCAUGGAUUAGCUAAUUUUUACAGGCGUUUUAUCAAAGGAUUCAGCGUCAUUAUGGCUCCCAUCACCGAUGCAUUGAAGGAAAAUCAAUUUAAGUGGUCGGAAGAACAGCAAAGAAGUUUUGAGGCUAUCAAAGUUGCCUUGUCCUCGACACCAGUAUUGGUACUCCCUGACUUUGACAAACCAUUUACAGUGGAUACAGACGCAUCAACUGUGGGCAUAGGCGCCGUACUAUCACAAGAAAACAAACCAGUGGAAUUUUUCAGUGAAAAAUUGUGCCCGUCAAGACAGAAGUGGACGGUGUACGAGCAGGAAUUGUAUGCAGUUAUUAGAGCAUUGAAACAAUGGGAACAUUACUUACUACACCAGGAUUUUGUCCUAUGUAGUGAUCAUAAAGCCCUCCAAUAUAUCAAUACCCAAAAGAAUAUUAAUCGAAUGCAUGCUCGUUGGAUUAUUUUUUUACCAAAAUUCACGUUCGUGUUGAAACAUAAAAGUGGGACUCAAAAUCGUGUAGCCGACGCAUUGAGCAGAAGGGCGGCACUUGUGACCCAGCUGCAGACCGAAUUUUCUGGGUUAGAAAGUCUGCAGGAAUUAUAUCCGGAGGAUGAUUAUUUCCAAGGCUAUUGGCAUAAAUGCUUGCAGCAGGAACCGGUGGCUGAAUAUUCAAUUCGUCAUGGGUUUUUAUUUAAGAGCAAUUUGCUGUGCAUUCCAAAUUGCUCCUGGAGGCAGCGGAUCAUUCAAGAGACACAUGCCGGUGGUUUAGCCGCACACCUUGGCAGAGAAAAUACGAUAGCUCAGCUGCAACUUCGAUUUUUUUGGCCCCAUCUAAGAAGAGAUGUAACAAAGUUUGUAGAGAGGUGUUCAAUUUGUCAAAGUUACAAGGGAGGUGGUCAAAACACUGGAUUGUAUCAGCCCUUGCCUGUGCCGGACUCCAUUUGGGAAGACUUGAGUUUGGACUUUGUAUUGGGCUUACCUCGAACGAAACGAGGUAAUGAUUCAAUCAUGGUUGUAGUGGAUCGGUUUUCUAAAAUGGCACACUUCGUUGCCUGUAAAAAGACGUUCGAUGCUCUUAACAUUGCAAGGCUUUUCUUUAAAGACAUUGUUCGUCUUCAUGGGAUUCCAAGGAGCCUUACCUCAGAUCGGGAUACCGACGGGCAAACCGAAGUAGUUAACCGAACUCUUGGUAAUCUACUUCGCUGCAUAGUUCAGGACCAUCCAAAACUUUGGGAUGAGGUGCUCGGUCAAGCCGAAUUUGCAUUCAACUCAAUGCCUAAUAGAUCCACGGGUAUGUGCCCAUUCAGUAUUGUUUACACUAAAAUGCCAAACACAAUUCUUGAUAUUGCAGUUCUUCCAAAAUGUAAAAGUAAGGCGGCGUCUGUAUUAGCUGAUCAGUAUACAGAUUUUUUAUCUAACAUUCGGAUGAAACUGCAAGCUUCAAAUGACAAAUACAAGAUGGAUGCUGACAUCCAUAGAAGGGAGAAGUUAUUUAAUCCUGGGGAUUUGGUCUUUGUUCGGCUUCGCAAAGAGCGGUUACCUGCUGGCAGUUAUUCUAAACUCGGCAAAAGGAAAUGGGGUCCUUUUCCAAUCAGCAAAAAGAUAAACGACAAUGCAUACGUCGUCGAUUUACCUGAUGAGUUUAAUACGUCGCAUACUUUUAAUGUAGCAUAUAUAUAUGCUUACCGACCACCUGAUGAUAGCACAACACAACUGGAUCCAGUGAGUCCAGCCAUUCUUUGUGGCGGGGGCGCAUGA